AUGCCUUUAGGUGAAAAACUUGGUCGUCCGUUCGAGAUGCUGUCACUCAUUGGCCGCAAACGCAAGGACGAGUCAGCUGAACCCCAUCAUCGCCUCUGUGGCGCCGAGAUGCGCGCUUAUUCCAAUGCUACAGGCUUUUUCUCCGCAGGCUAUACGCAAAGCUAUAUCCCACGGUCGGCCCCAGUCGUGCAGUACGAACGUCUCACUCCAGGCUCCGAUCCAGAUACAGCAAUAUCUUCUUCGGUAUCAUCUGCUGCUUCUACGAUUGGUUCUACAAUCACCCAUCCGUCGCCACUAGACUACGAGGUUGCCGCACGUGAAGCAGCCUUUCCCAGCCCUGAUUUAGUGCCAUCCGCGACCGUUGCCUCCAGCUCCUUUCGCACAGUGCCAUCGCCUUCCUUGUCAUCUCUACCCUCUCCAGGAAUGCUCACACCUGCGGUUGGAAUGACGCCGAAUCCGGUUGGACGCAGCCCUGUUGUUGAUACGAUUCGGGUACGUCCGCCACGCAAUUUAGCAAGCCCGGCUCAGCCUUCGGUCGGACCCGCGGGAGCACUUUCCGCGCCUUUUUCGUCUGUGAUGGAGGAGUGGAUGAGUCAGCUGAGAACACCAACACCAGACGUGACGCUAUUGCCGUCGCCCUAUGACUUCAACAAGGACACACCUACACCCAUGGAUACCAACAGUAUGGAUCUCCGACGACUACGCGACGCGCUAUUACCUACGCCCCCACCGGAUAUACAUGACCAACGAGGACAACACCCUAAGAACUCGGCAUAUGUGACUACACGUGGGCCUCGCCCACUGCUGGAGGACAUUGCGUCCUUGUGCCGCGAUUUGAACUCGCAGGAUCUUUCAGCUGCCAAUAAAGGAUUGCCGUCGUCUAGUGGUCACAAAGAAACCGAGUACACUUCGCCUCCGGCUAGGUCGCUGCGUCGCGAAGAAAAUACUGGCUGUACGUAUUUGGAUGAUGGCGAGAGUCGAGCCAGUAUGCUGGCAGCAGCUGCCGCACUCAGCAGUGUUUCGUCGAUGGGGAUGUCUAGUACUCCAACUUCCGCCAGCUCCAACUCGGGUAAUAAGGGUAAGCGGCGCAAGAUGUGCACAGCUGAAGGCUGUCAAAAUCUGUCGCGUUCUCGAGGAUUGUGCAAGGCUCAUGGAGGAGGCAGGCGAUGCAGUAUUGAUGGCUGUUCGCGUGCUAGCCAGAGUGGCAGUUUAUGCAUCACUCAUGGGGGUGGAAAGCGCUGUACAGUGGAUGGAUGUGCGAAGGCAGCGCAAUCGCGCGGCAUGUGCAAGGCUCAUGGAGGCGGUGUGCGGUGCCGUGUAGAAGGUUGCACUAAGAGCUCGCAGGGCGAUGGUUUUUGUCGCUCACAUGGCGGUGGUCGACGUUGCGGCCACCCGGGCGGUUGCUUCAAAUGGGCCCAGCGUAACGGGAUGUGCAUGGCUCAUAGCGAGGGAAAGUACGGCAACAGUUAUCGUGGCCGCCAAUACCGGAUGGAGAAUGGCGAGCCUGUAGAUCAGCAGACUUGA